AUGGACUCGUCAAUAGGAAUAAAAGGAAGUAAUUUUGCAGUAGUGGCUGCAGACACAAGAGUCUCUAGAUCCUUUCUUAUCAUCAAGGAGAAUUAUGAUAAGUUCCAUACAAUCAAGGACAAGAUUGUAAUGUCAAUUGUCGGAGACCAGGGAGACGCAUUCAGGACCAUUUUAAGUGUAUCAGAAAGCGCUCAGUAUGAGGAAAUACAGAACGGGAUAGAACUCAGCCCAAGCGUGCUGGCACAUAUGGUCCAGUCGAAGGUUCAUGAGUCUCUCCGGAAGAGACAGCUUGAUACAUCGACAAUAAUAGCAGGGAAGGGCCCACAAGGAUACGACCUGUGGUCUGUUGACAAAUACGGAGCAAUAUCUUCCGUGCCAUUUUGUGCUAGCGGAUAUGCUGCAUACUUUGUAUAUGGAAUCCUCGACAGAGAGUAUUCUGAGGACAUUACUGUUGAUGACGCAUUGAGGAUUAUCCAAAAAUGUAUUAACCUAUUGAAGGAAAGACUUGUAAUCGGCUUGGAGGGAUUUAUGGUAAAAGUAGUUACCGAUGAGGGAGUUUUAACCAAAACCUUAGCACCUGAAAUAAAAGACUAA